UGUUUUGAAGUCUGCCUGUCAGAGGUGGAGUCCCAGUUUGCACUCUAUACAGCCAGGGUUGGGUGCUUUGAGGUUUUUAUAAUAGUCGACUGCAUUCAUACACGUCACAGGAUAUCUGUAUUCUACAACACUGUUCAUCAUUAAACUUCUGUGCAUAAAGCUGAUAUGAAAUUUGAGAGCAGUUAUAUAAUGUAUUAGGGGGUGAGCAGCCACACUUGACCCUCUGACUCAACCCCAACCCAUUUUUUGUGCUGAAGCAAGCGUGAAAACUGUCUUCACGUUUGUGUUGUUGUUUCUUAUGCUAUUUAUAGAGUGAGAUAAAUGUUCAUGAUCCAUCAUGGGUGCUUUGGAGAUUUGCAGAGGUAGAUUAAAGUCCUACCCAAAAAAUGCCCCAAGGCUCUGCGCAGCUGCCCUGGUGUUAUUGCUAAUUGGGAGGAUGGGGCGUUGGGAUACUGGGACUGGAUGGCUAAAUGGAAACUGGACUCACUCCUGUGGUUUGAAAUGUCACUUUCAACAAGCUUUGUUUUUUCACAUUACCGCAGUUUGAAAUGGGCAUAUACCACUAUAUUGUACUAUACUACAGUAUAGUGGAAAAAAUAACAGAUACUUGCAUCAGAAUAGUUCCAUGUAAUGGCUGGCCAUCUGGGAUGGGUGGUCCCUUGUGCAACAGGAAACACUGCAAAAUAAUAGAGCGAAAAGCUGUCACAAGUGAACCAACACUCUACAGUUUGAGUUCAUAAGGCUGAUAUUUAUGCCCCGGCUGCCAGUUGGAAACUUUUCAUAACAACUGCAAACAGGUCACUGUUUUUUCGCCCCCUGCACCAAGUUACAUUUACUUGUGUUGGGUGUGGUGAAAAGCAGUCUUGCACCCCACAGUCCCAAGGAUGCCCUUAACACAGAAGUUCUUUUGCCAUUUUUUAAACGUUGUUGUGGAUUUGUACUGGUAAUUUGGUAAUUGACAGGUAAAUGAGGCAAUUUUAUAGGACCUUGUAGGACCUUGCACACCACUCCAUAUACUGAUGUGUGUUUUUGUGCUUUGCUUGUCACCAUGGUGAAUUAAACAGUCUGUGCUCGCUUCUCAUCUUGUGUCCAGUCACCGGAUCUAAACAUCACUAAACCUCAAAGGGAAAGGUGUGGAGAACAAUUAGUGGUGUUAGCAGAUGUCUUUUACGUCUUUCAAAGAACUGAAAACACUUCUUCGAGAGGUGUCUAGUGUUACCCAGCCAGCCCCCAACACUGCCAUCACACAGCUCAGGUCUUGUAAGGCAACAUUCUUAGAAGGAUUGAAACUGCAUUCGAGCAAAUGGCAGCUGGUCUUGUUAUAAAAUACUUCAGAUUAAUUAUUAGGUUUGUAUUAUUUCAUCCAAUCCUGUGCAUGUUGUGUGUGUGUGUGUGGUUGUUUCUGAAUACAGUUCAGUUAUAGCUGUCUUUGUGUAGGAAUGAAUGUAACUGCUUCUUGCAGGCCUCACUUGUUUAGUUCCAACUGUUGAGCAUGCUGUUGGUGCUGCUACAUGUUUGUCCAGGCUCUUAAACUGACAGCAGUGCCUAGCAACAUGACAAUUAGCCCCAAAUUUAGCCACAAUAAUGACCUGUUGUAGAUAAUACUUUAUAGCAUACAUAGAACACAAAAUAAACAGCUGUAGAAGACCAAAGCAUUAAUAAAAAAAAACAAAACAGGACGUUAUUUUAAAAUUUUAAUAGCUCCGUGUUCGAAACAUUCUUUUUUAAGGCUGAGAUUGUUUUUGUGAUAUACUUUGCAAAGGCAGGAAUGUCUGUUGAGCAAAGAUCUAGCAGAAGUUCUUCUUACAGAGUAGUUUAGACUUGUUCUUGCCGAUCAUGAAUCAGUGGAGCCUGGAGGCUUCUAUGAUAUUUGAAGUUUUACCUUCCUGAAAGCUUGAUGUUCUUUCCAUAAUACUAUCGUCUUUUUACUAAAAACAUUUUUUUCUCUGUGAUUCAAAAAGAGUCACUUGUUUAAUGAAGGUGUAGUUUAAACUUAGCAGAGAAAACAUAUCCCAUUCACUCUUUGACUGUGGAUGUACACGUGCGUGAUGUGUGUUACAGUGGGAGGAGGCAAGGUGCUUAAAUAAGCGGCACCCACAGAUCACUCUGUAACUUGAGAGGUGGGCUAUAAAUACCCCUAACCUUUCCUGUGUACGCCUGUUUGCGUUUGCUCAGAGGUUGGUACAGGCUGGUUUGGCUGUUCGAGGACAAUACGGCUUUGGGCACAGGGCCUGCCUGCUGCACGGCUGUCUGUCUUGGCUUCAGAAGUUGAUUUGGUUAGACCAAGAAAUGCAGAAGGCGGAUUGCUGUUCCGAUUUAAAGCGCUCUGCAGCUCAGCUCACCUCAGUUCAGCUUUAGAGAAAAAAAUGCCACAGCUAAUAACAUGUUUGUUGCGUUCAAGUGAAUGCCGGGUUUCCAGACUUCAGCAGGUCUCUCAGAUUUCUGCAGUUCUAGCAGCAGCCCCUCUUUCCAGCCCAUCCGCAGUCAGAUCCCCAUUCCCACUGCACAUGUCAUGCCAUCCACGGCCGGAGCCCCGGCCUCUAAGCCCCAGUCAUGUGUCCAGGAGGACUGCUUGUCCUCACUUGAGGGUCACAGGUCUUCCUCUGGCUCCAGGACCCCGAGUGGCUCCACCUCGAAGUCUUCCUCUCUCUCCAAAUCAGCAUCUUCGCCUAACUUGGAUGCUCAGGCUGGUGUAGGAGGCGAUCCUGUGGGGCCAAAGCCAGACUGCCUGAGCCGCUACCGCAGCCUCGUCAAUGGACUGGACCACUCGCUUUUCCCAUCAGAUCACACACGGUUGGAUGAGGGCCAGAGGUUUGACACUCCUGCUGUAGAACCUACUCUAAAUCAGUCAGCCCUGUUGGGGGGGUUAUGCCCUGAUGUCAGACUCCGAUUACAGACGAGCGGGAUUAGAGACAGCCCAGACUGCGUGUCUGAGGCCUACAGAGGCGGCAUGGAGCACAGCUAUAAGGUUCUGCCUGAAGCUAGGCCUGGGGUUCCCGGCACAGCAGAAACCUCUACUCAGAGGGGCAGUCAGCCUGGUGCAGCUGGAUCCGCUGGAGUUUAUGCAAGCCCUCUCAGCCUGCAGACACAGGCUCUGCUGAGGGAGCAUACAGGCUCCAAGGGUUAUGAGCCACUGCGGCAGGAUAGAUGUAGUGAACUAUCCAGCUGGCAGCAACAACAGCAACAUAAGCAGCAACUGGAGAGUUUACGCCUUCAAGUGGAACAAAUGCAGUUGAUGAGCUCUGGAGUGGGUCAGUACCCAUCUCUGUACUCAAACCCUGUUCACCCAGAGUCCGGCAAAUGGGAUGCUCUGGUCAAAGCCAGUGAGAGUCUGUUAAAGGAGAAGGAGCUUAUCAUCGAGAGGCAAAAGCAGCAUAUGGCCCAGUUGGAACAGCGUCUGAGGGAAAGUGAGCUGCAGGUCCAUGGAGCCCUCCUGGGCAGAGGGGCUUCAUAUGGGGACAUGUGCAUGCUGCGGCUACAGGAAGCUCAGAGAGAGAAUGCCUUCCUGAGAGCGCAGUUUACCGAGCGCACAGACUGCGUUGCCCUGGAGAAAGCAGAGGCCGAGCGCAGACUGGGAGCAGUUGAAGCGGAGACACGCCGACUAACUGACAGUCUGAAGGAGACCUGCGAGAGACAUGGAGAGGAAAUGAAGAAACAGGAAGAGAGGAUUCGCAGUCGAGACAAGCACAUCAACAACCUGAAGAAGAAGUGUCAGAAGGAGGCGGAGCUGAAGAGAGAGAACCAGCAGCGUAUUGAGACCCUGGAGCGCUAUCUAGCUGACUUGCCCACCUUGGAGGACUACCAGAGCCAGAACAAGCAGCUCCUGGAGGCUGAACAGCAGGCAGCCCAACUACAGGAGAAAGUAAAAGAAUUGGAGGUCUGUCUAGAGACGACGUGCUCCCAACUACGGGAAAAAGACGCACAGCUGGAGGAGCAGAAACGCAGGGAGAGAGACCUGCUGACCACCAUUACUGAUAUGCAGCAGCGGGUGCAGCAGGGCCUUGAGGACGGAGCCCGACUGCCUUCUCUGGAUAUCGAGAAGCUCAGAGGAGAGAACAACAGUUUGAGAGAGGAACAGCAAAGGCUCAAAAAGGUCAUUGAGAAGCAACACCGAAUGAUGGAACAGCUUGGCUCCCAAAUCCAGGCUUUGGAGGAGCAGAUAUCUCAGGAAGAGAGCAGCUCUCAGGCUCUCAGAGAGGAGGUAUUGGCUAAAGAGCAGAAUGUGCUGGAGCUCCACACAGCCAUGAAGGAGCUGUCAGCCCAGAACCAGGAGCUGAUGGAGCAGAAUCUGACCCUGCAGGAGCAGAUGAGCGAUCCAGAGCAGAGGAGCACCAACCAGGCGUCCUCUGCUCUGCAACCAGCCGGGGCUCGUCUCACACAGAGGCUUCAUGUGGAGAUCGCCACCUGCCUCAGUGACCUGCGCUCCCUGUGCAGCAUCCUGACCCAGAGAGCUCAGGGACAAGACCCCAACCUGUCCCUGCUGCUUGGUCUCACAACACCUCCACCGGUGGCAGAGCAGGACGAGGACUGGAUGAGUCCAGAGGUGCUGCAGAAGAAGCUCGUCGAAGCUCAGCAACUCCGGCGAGAUGUCGAGGAACUGCGCAACGUAAUACUGGACCGUUACGCACAGGACAUGGGAGAAAACUGCAUCACCCAGUAACCUUGCCACACCCGCCCAGGUGAUGGAGGACACUUGUAGAAGCCCCCCCCCCCCCAUCUUCACCUCAGAAGCAUCUUAAACGGGCCUGUCUUUCAUGCCUAGUUACUGAAUGUCAGAAAGAGGACUGGAUUUUAAUUUUCUUAAAAUGAGGACAGAGGAAAGCCCAAAUGGUUUAGCUUCUACUUCUCUCGACUGACUGAAUGUCGAGUCUCAAGCCUGCCUGUAGCUCAGACCCCCACCCCACCCCGGUGAGUUCAUCUAUUUCUGUCCAAGGGCUAACAGAAAAUAACUUACCUCUAAUACUUGAUCCUUAAAGCAUUGUGUGCGUGCGUGCGUGUUUUUUUUGUUUUUUAAAUAAUGACGUUACCAAACAGUCUUAUACUUUUUGUUCAUUUCCAGCGGAUAAUUAUCUGUGUAGAAGUCCCACAUAUAUAAUUUAUUUAAAUCUUAAUUUCCCUCCUGAGGGGAAUUGUCCAAGAAUUGGUUGACAAUCAACUGCAAAUAUUUUAACCUGUGCUUUUAACUGAAUUCACUAGGAAAUGUUACUAACGUGCCAUUAUUUACAAUGGCCAACACGGUAACGUUAGACUCAGCUGUGAGGUAUGAGACUUAACAACUGAACGGUUUAAUACCAAAUCAGCUUCUCACACCAACAGUCCUACAACAGUUUUAUUACCAAAGAAAAACUCUGGUCGAGGCAGUUGUGCGAGUCUCUGAAUGUUUGUGAACGCUCCUCUCUGCUGCAGACCUUGUUCUGAAUGAUUACCAACAUGUGCCUUUCUGUCACGUUUGCAACCACAAUGCUGAUUCAUUUAAGACCAACCACAAAGGGCUGUUUGCAGCGGACUCUUCCAUUAUGACUUUUCUCUCAGUGUGUCAACCAGUAGGAUAGUCAAUACAUUCCCUGACUCUGAAUGUAGCAGAUAACUGCGGGCCGCGUCGCAGAGUUUGUGGAGGCCCCUACACUGUUUUUGUUCCCAGUAGAUAAACGAAGUUAAGUAAAACUCAUUAGUCUGGGUGAUCUUUGUAGAAUCUGCUCUGUGUAGAUGAAUAACUUCACAGCAUACUGUACAUUUCAGUCGAUGAUGGCUUCGACAGAGUGGUUAAGUGUUUGAUAAAUGUAUGCCAGAGAUACAGUAUUAAUCUUCAGUAUUAUUUAUUUUUCUUGUUUGCAUUGACAAUUCGGUGUGAAAGCGUUUUGGGUCCUCCUAAUGUGUUGCUGUAAUAAUGUGCUAAUGUUGUUUGAGCAAACUUGGCAUCAACAUUGUGUAAAGGUCCCAUGAAGUGGCUUUUAGAUUGUAAUUUUCUUCUGUGGUGUUCGAUAUGAGACCGCUGAGGUUAAUUCGCUCUCUUCAGGUGAAAGAGGGACACGAUUUAAUCCCAAGCGCCGAUGGCGGUGGGAGGGGUUGGCUGGAUCACCCCUAAAUCACCGAUCACAUAGUACCGGUUGGAAUUUUAUAUUUGCCCUGAUUUCAGGAUAAGCCAUUUAAAAAUAAAACUUGACACUUUACAGGAAGAGAGAUGGAUUUUAAUAUAAAAAUAUGCAACAAAGACUUUUUUUUGAGAAAUUAUACAGAACAACACACCCAGGGACACACAAGCCAUUUUUCAUUUCAUGGGACCUUUAAACUCGAGUAGCACAAGAUUUCUCUUUGGAAAGUCAGGUUCCGCAUGCCUUAACAUCUCAAACGUUUUGCGAAAGGGAAAAAGAUGUUUAUAUUUUCAUACUUUUGUCUUUGUUUGUAUUUGCAUAUUUUAGAAAUAAAGAUUUUCAUUCAAA